AUGGGACCGGACCCCGAUUCCCAAGACGACGACCACCGUCCCCCUCUCCCUCCUCGACCCAGCACCAGUGCUGGCGCCGACCCGAAAUCCCUCCAGGCGCAGGCUACAACUGCAAUAACCCCCGUGGAUAUCCAGACGCUCUCGUUCCCAGAUGGAUCGCGAGGCACAUUCCAAACUCUCGGGCCCGACUCUGUCCCCAGCCCAGCCGAUAGCGGCCACGCGACCCCCCACCAUGCCAGCAGCAUUGGCGGUGAGGCCGACGAUGCUGCGAGUGUCAUGAGCUUUGCGCCGACUAUGAGGCCAGCUGGAGACAUUGCCAGUUUACUUGCCGGAGAACUCCAUAAGAAGAGCCCAGCAUGGAACAUGCUUCGCUCUCAGGCGGCCACUGUGCAGCCAUUCGAGAGGACGAGGAUUGGUCCGGGAGAUCACCUCGCCGAAUUUGACCAAGAAUUCAGCCCGCUGCCAGAAGAGGAAAACAAGGAGUUUGAAGAUGAUGAGAAAUUGCACAUGUGGAAGUCGAAACUGAAGCACUAUUUGAUCUUAUCGUCCGCUGGGAAGCCCAUUUGGAGUCGCCAUGGAGACCUGAGUUUGAUCAACUCGUCAAUGGGCGUUGUGCAGACCAUCAUAUCAUUUUACGAAGGGGCUAAGAACCCGCUCCAGGCCUUCUCUGCCGGAGACACCCGGUUUGUCAUAGCGACUGAAGGGCCGCUCUACUUUGUCGCCAUCAGCAAGCUUGGAGAGAGUGACUCUCAAUUACGAGCGCAGCUGGAUGCACUUUACAUGCAAAUCUUAUCCACACUAACCCUACCAAAACUCACACAUAUCUUCGCAAAUCGGCCAUCGACAGACUUGCGCAAGCCGCUAGAGGGCACAGAGUCCCUACUCUCAUCUCUGGCUGACACUUUUACCAAAGGAUCCCCCUCAGCCCUCCUCGGAUCCUUGGAGUGCCUAAAGAUUCGAAAGUCCCAGCGCCACACCGUCAACAACACGUUCCUGAAGUUGAGAGCCGAGAAGCUGCUCUAUGGGCUCAUUGUGGCCGGUGGAAAACUCGUCAGCGUCAUUCGGCCACGGCGGCAUUCCCUUCAUCCUAGCGACCUGCAGUUGAUCUUCAACAUGUUGUUUGCGAGUGGCGGCAUCAAAGGCGGUGGCGGUGAGAACUGGAUUCCCAUUUGCCUGCCGGCAUUCAACAACAAAGGUUACCUCUAUAUGUACGUGAGCUUCUUCGAAGGAGCCUCCGGGGAGCAGGCCAGUUCCCCGAAGGCCGCAGAAGGCCGCUCGGCAGAAGAAGGAGUUGCAAUUGUCCUGAUAAGCGCCGAUCGGGAGAGCUUCUUCGAACUCAAGCAGAUGCGGGACAACGUCGCUCAGCAACUAGCCAAGAACGGGACUCUUGCCAUUAUUCAGAACGCCGCGCGAGCAGGUCGCCCGAAGAUACAAGAUAUUGCUCCGGGCAGCCAAGUCAGCCAUUUCCUGUACAAAUCACGAGCCAAUGUCCAGUUCUGCAUGGCGUCAUUAGAGCCCACUUUCACGGACCUUGUUGAGCGGAGGAGGCUCAUGACGGUGUAUCACGAACUGCAUGCAUCCAUACACGCCAAGCACGCGCACCUUAAGGUUCUGCACAGCGUCGGAGAAGACGCGACGUCGCUGGCCUGGAUCACACCCGUCUUCGAAUUCUACUGCGUAGCCGGACCGAACGUGUCCAGGUCUACAAUCACACAGGGGGCAAACAAGAUUAUCCAUUGGGCCAAAAAGGAAGAAGAACGCCUUUUCAUUAUUGGCGGCGGUGUAUUCUGA